UAGUGAUCUGAAAGAAAAUCUGGCAGAAAUAUUUGUGUAUAGUUUUUUCCGUCUAUAAAAGGUGGAAUGAAAAUGAGUAAAAUUAUUAGGGCAGAAAAUGAAGGUUGGAGGUGAGAGACGAUACGCCCUUCUACAAGCAGCAGAGGACUCGGAGUACGUAAAGAGAGUCCACGGCGGGUAUGUGAAGGUGUUCGCGGCGGCACUGGGCGGCGACGGAGAGAAAUGGGACGUGUUCUACGUGGUGAAAGGGGAGUUCCCGGCGCUGGACGAUCUCCACCAAUACCAAGGUUUCGUCAUCAGCGGAAGCCCAUGCGAUGCUUACAGCAACGAUUAUUGGGUUCUACAACUUUGCUUCCUCUUGCAGACUCUCUUCGCCAUGCAAAAGAAGCUUCUAGGCGUGUGCUUCGGACAUCAGGUUUUGUGCAGAGCAUUGGGUGGCAAAGUGGUCAAGUCCUUUACUGGUUGGGAUAUUGGAGUUAGGAAAGUUAAUUUCACACAGGAUUUCUACUCAUACGCCUGGUGUCACCAAAUCCCUCCGGCUAUUUCGAUUAUCCAGUGCCAUCAAGACGAGGUUUGGGAGGUGCCAAUUGGAGCCCAAGUGCUGGCGUGGUCCGAUAAAACUGGAGUGGAAAUGUUCACAUUUGGAGACAAUAUUUUAGGGAUUCAAGGGCAUCCAGAAUACACCAACGACAUACUAGAUAAUUUAAUUGAUCGUCUUCUUGCAAACGAUUGCAUCCAGAGAGGCUUUGGAGAAGAGGCUAAGCUGCAGUUACUCGAAGCAGAGCCAGAUAGAAAAUACUGGGAGAAGAUCUGCAAAGCCUUUCUUAAAGGGGGAACUCAGUUACAACCAUACUUUUGAAAACCCUAUAUAUAUACUUUCUAAUUACAGUAGUAUUUUACUUCACCAGUAAAAUAAAAAUAAUACUAAGACAUGCAAAAAACAAGAGUAGAGGAUCUCAUGUAUCAUGGUUUAACUAUGAAAGUUGAUCUUUAUUUAACAUCAA